GCCCUCGACGGACACCGCCAGGCCCGCGAAGCUCACCAUGCCGCGCCCGGCCCCCGCGCGCCGCCUCCCGGGAUUCCUGCUGCUCUGGCCGCUGCUGCUGCUGCUGCUGCCCCCCGCCGCCCCCGACCCCGUGGCCCACCCUGGUUUCCGGAGGCUGGGGACCCGACGUCCCGGGGGCAGCCCUGGACGCCGCCCCUCUCCUGCGGCUCCCGACCGCGCGCCCGCUUCCGGGGCCAGCGAGCCUGGCCGCGCCCGCGGUGCAGGUGUUUGCAAGAGCAGACCCUUGGACUUAGUGUUUAUCAUUGAUAGUUCUCGUAGCGUACGGCCCCCGGAAUUCACCAAAGUGAAAACUUUUGUCUCCCGGAUAAUCGACACUCUGGACAUUGGGCCGGCUGACACGCGGGUGGCAGUGGUGAACUAUGCUAGCACUGUGAAGAUCGAGUUCCAACUCCAGGCCUACACAGAUAAGCAGUCCCUGAGGCAGGCUGUGGGUCGAAUCACACCCUUGUCAACAGGCACCAUGUCAGGCCUAGCCAUCCAGACAGCAAUGGACGAAGCCUUCACAGUGGAGGCAGGGGCUCGAGAGCCCUCUUCUAACAUCCCUAAGGUGGCCAUUAUUGUGACAGAUGGGAGGCCCCAGGACCAGGUGAAUGAGGUGGCGGCUCGAGCCCGAGCAUCUGGUAUUGAGCUCUACGCUGUGGGCGUGGACCGGGCAGACUUGGAGUCCCUCAAGAUGAUGGCCAGUGAGCCCCUAGAGGAGCAUGUUUUCUACGUGGAGACCUAUGGGGUCAUUGAGAAACUUUCCUCUAGAUUCCAGGAAACCUUCUGUGCUCUGGACCCCUGUGUGCUUGGAACACACCAGUGCCAGCACGUCUGCAUCAGUGACGGGGAAGGCAAGCACCACUGUGAGUGUAGCCAAGGAUACACCUUGAAUGCUGAUAAGAAAACGUGUUCAGCUCUUGAUAAGUGUGCUCUUAACACCCAUGGAUGUGAGCACAUCUGUGUGAACGACAGAAGUGGCUCUUAUCAUUGUGAGUGCUAUGAAGGUUAUACCUUGAAUGAAGACAGGAAAACUUGUUCAGCUCAAGAUAAAUGUGCUUUGGGUGCCCAUGGGUGUCAGCACAUUUGUGUGAAUGACAGAACAGGGUCCCAUCAUUGUGAAUGCUAUGAGGGCUACACUCUGAACGCAGAUAAAAAAACAUGUUCAGUCCGUGACAAGUGUGCCCUAGGCUCUCAUGGUUGCCAGCACAUUUGUGUGAGUGAUGGGGUCGCAUCCUACCACUGUGAUUGCUAUCCUGGCUACACCUUAAAUGAGGACAAGAAAACAUGCUCAGCCAUUGAGGAAGCACGAAGACUCGUUUCCACUGAAGAUGCUUGUGGAUGUGAAGCUACACUGGCAUUCCAGGACAAGGUCAGCUCGUAUCUUCAAAGACUGAACACUAAACUUGAUGACAUUUUGGAGAAGCUGAAAGUAAAUGAAUAUGGACAAACACAUCGUUAAAUUGCUCCAAUUUCUCACCUGGAAAUGUGGACAGCUUGGUAUAUUUAAUACUCAUGCAUUCUUUUGCAUACCUGUUAUUGCCAAUGUUUCUGCUAAUAAUUUGCCAUUACCUGUAUUAAUGCUUGAAUAUUACUGGAUAAAUUGUAUGAAGAUCUUCUGGAGAAUCAGCAUGAUUUUUCCAAGGAAAUAAAUAUGCAGAUACUUAUUAAGAGCAAACUUUAGUGUCUCUAAGUUAUGACUGUGAAAUGAUUGGUAGGAAAUAGAAUGAAAAGUUUAGUGUUUCUUUAUCUACUAAUUGAGCCAUUUAAUUUUUAAAUGUUUAUAUUAGAUAACCAUAUUCACGAUGGAAACUUUAGGUCUAGUUUCUUUUGAUAGUAUUUAUAAUAUAAAUCAAUCUUAUUACUGAGAGUGCAAAUUGUACAAGGUAUUUACACAUACAACUUCAGAUAACUGAGAUGAAUGUAAUUUUGAACUGUUUAACACUUUUUGUUUUUUGCUUAUUUUGUUGGAGUACUAUUGAAGAUGUGAUCAAUAGAUUGUAAUACACAUAUCUAAAAAUAGUUAACACAGAUCAAGUGAACAUUACAUUGCCAUUUUUAAUUCAUUCUGGUCUUCUAAAGAAAUGUACUACUAAAGAGCACUAGUUGUGAACUUAGGUGUUAAACUUUUUACCAAGUACAAAAAAUCCCAAAUUGACUUUAUUAUUUUGCUUCAGGAUCCAAGUGAUAAAGUUAUAUAUUUAUAAAAUUGCUAUAAAUCGACAAAAUCUAAUGUUGUCUUUUUAAUGUUAGUGAUCCGCCUGCCUCAGCCUCCCAAAGUGCUGGGAUUACAGGCAUGAAAGUCUAACUUUUUUUUACUUAUAUAUUUGAUACAUAUAAUUCUUUUGGCUUUGAAACUUGCAACUUUGAGAACAAAACAGUCCUUUAAAUUUUGCACUGCUCAAUUCUGUUUUUCGAUGGUAUUGUCUUUAAUAUAAUAAAAGUUAUUACCUUUACAUAUUAUCGUCUAUUUUUUGAUGACUCAUCAAUUUUGUCUAUUAAAGAUAUUUCUUUAAAUUA